UGUCUCUCUGUGAGUAUAAAAGCAACCUCAACCUUUGAACUCAGCAUCCGACAAUCGCACAUUAGCAUUUCAAACUGUUCAAGAUUCACUCUCCAAAACUAGAGAAAAAAUGAGUAGGCCAGGAGAUUGGAACUGCAGGACAUGCAACCACCUCAACUUCCAAAGAAGGGAAUCAUGCCAACGGUGCGGCGAGCCCAGGGGCGCCGGUGCCGGUGGAGACUAUGGUGGAGCCUUUGGGGGUAGAGGCUCCUCCUCUUUUGGCUUCACCACCGGCCCCGAUGUUCGCCCUGGAGACUGGUACUGCACCGUUGGCAAUUGUGGAGCCCACAACUUUGCAAGCAGGUCUAGCUGCUUCAAGUGUGGUGCUCCCAAGGAGGACUCCUCCGUCGCCGGAUUUGAUGCCGACAUUCCUCGAACUAGAGGCUAUAGCUUUGCCGGCACCACUGCUGCUCGCCCUGCUUGGAAAUCCGGCGACUGGAUAUGUACUAGGUCUGGAUGCAAUGAGCAUAACUUUGCAAAUAGAAUGGAAUGCUAUCGAUGCAAUGCACCAAGGGACUCUUCUAGUUCUAGGCCUCCCUAUUCAUCCUAGACUAUACCUUCUCCAUCUGGCUUGCUGUGGAAGAAGAGAAUUGAUGAGAAGCAAUCCCUAUUCGCUCUUAAUAGUAGUGAUAGUUUUUUUUUUUUUUUCUUCAUCACCAACCAUCCAGAUAUAUAUCUAUAUUUUUGCUUCUUUGAUUUUCUCCACAUCUAGAAAGCUUUAAUUAUAUAUUAUUAUUAGGUGAAUUAUUAUGAUUUUGAAUUUUUGUUUGGCACUGAUGAUGACUAGCUAGUUUC